UAUUCCGUACACCGGUGCAGGCAGCGAAGUUACUGAUACACAUCAUGUCAUGUUUGUGUGGGAACUGGAAAGACCUGACCACUGUCAAGUUGCAGGUUUAAAAAUUACACUCUGGUGACCUUAACGCUUUAAAAGGGACUACAUAAAUAGCAACACCAAAGUGAACAAAUGGAAGGGCUGUCUAUGCAAGUGUGCCUGGGCGAGUGCUGUCUUGUGCGUGUUUAAAACAAUUGAAUUAUUUGAUUCCUGGUCGAAACUUACUUCAAUUCUUGAUCGUAUGCACACUCCAAUAACGUACCAGAAACAAACGCUGACGUCUCUAGCUGGACUAGGUGUCACAAGCUUAAACCUUAUUGAAGUCUGCAUGCCAGCAGCGCCACCUCUAUAGAGAUAAGUCACUCAGGGUUUAGCAAAAUGCACGUCUGCUACUUGCAUUGGAGUGUGUGUAACGUGUAUCAUCUUCCGAGUUACGUUGCAUUGGGGAAGCAAGACUAAACCAAUUGAAUGCAAUUUGAAAAAGGGUGCAGCAGGUGUGAGAGUGUGCUUUGUCACCUUGUUGCUGCUGCAUCUGGUUCUCCAGUUUUGCACACUCAAGAGCAUGACUGCCCUGGAAAUGAAAGUAGAUUUAAUAAAGGAUCUUGCUAUGUUCUGGUCUGAAUGGUGGCGUUCCAGAAGGGUCUGUUUUUAGAACCACAAGGCCGUGAAGAUGCAGAGUUUCUGAUGAGGCUGUCGCAGAGACGCCCGAUACACAAGGACCCCACAGCCGCCAGGUCCUACAGACAGCAGGGCAAUGCCUGCUUCAGAGAGCGGCGCUACACCCAGGCUGCACUGCUCUACUCACAGGGGCUGUGCCAGGCUGACCCGGGCAGUGAGGAGAGGGCACUCUGCUACGCCAACCGCUCAGCCACGCUGCUGCAUCUGAAGCACUACCAGGAAUGUCUGAAGGACAUCACCCGAGCUCUGAGUUGCGGUUACCCCAAAAACCUGCACCCCAAACUGCUGGGGCGCAGGGCGGAGUGCCUCUCACGACUGGAGGGGGGCGGUGGGGAGGCUGGCACCCCCUGUCCCUCAGACACCCCUGGAGGACUGACUCACAAAGGGACCACAGAGAUCCAGGGGCUGCGAGAGAAGCAGAGUCUAGUGCUGCUUCCCUCAGCCUCUCCCGCUGUGGCUCUGCAGUUUGACCCCAGCAGAGGUCGACACCUGGUGGCUGUGUCCGGCAUUGCAGCGGGGGAGGCCGUGCUGGAGGAGGAAGCUUUUGCCUGCGUUUUAAUCCCUGGAACAGGAGCCAAAGUGAGGCUCGAGAAACCAAAUCAAGAGGCUGGCACUGAGGACUGGCACUGCCACCGCUGUCUGAGUAAAGUGGUGGCGCCUGUGCCUUGCCAGGGAUGCUGCUACGCUCGAUACUGUGGGGAGGGGUGCCAGGAGCAGGCCUGGGAGGGGUACCACAAGGCGGAGUGCCCUUUAGGGGGUGAGCUGCUCGCUCUGGGGGUGCUGGCUCAACUGGCUCUUCGGGUGGCACUAGUGGCCGGACUGGAGGAGGUGCUGGGGGCCCGGGAGCAGAUGAAUGGGAGAGCCACAGGACUGCGGGCUGCUCUAGUGGGGUCGGCGGGUAGGCUCAGCUGCUCUGGGGGAAUACCAGAGGAGGCAGGCAAGCUGAAGGGAAUGGAUCCACUGGGUAAUGUGGGUGAAGGAUCCCAAGGUGCGGGUGCCUCAAAGGAGAAUGGUGAUUCCUUGCAAGAGAAAGGACUAUUAGAGAUUGACAAGACCCUACAAAGCAAUGAUGCUCCAGUGGAGACAGGGGCCCCAGCCAGGGCUGACCCCCAGCAGGGUGGCCUGGACCCAGGCCGAGGUGUUGCAGCCCCGCUGGUCCUGCCUGGCUGUGACUCUGCAGGGCGCUACCUCGGCUCCUCCUACCGCUCAGUGCAUCACCUGCUACCUCACUCCCAGAGGCACAGCCCAGCACUGCGCUUCCUGUGCGGGGUUACCAUAGCGACGCUGUGCCAGCGGCUGCAGGAGGAGGGGCCACUGCCGGACACCUGGGGCGGAGCCAAGAGCUUUAGCCAGUCAGAGGAGAAGGGGGCAGCGGAUGAGAGCAGUGCCCUAUCACGGGAACAGCAGAACAUCAGCCAAUCGGAUGAGGACAGGGGUGAGAAUUCAGGAAGCGUGGGCCAGUCGGAGAAAGAGGAACGCAGAGAUCCGUCCCCAGAGUUGAGCAUGCUGGGAACAGCGGUGCUAAGACACAUGCUGCAGCUGAGGUGUAACGCUCAGGCUGUGACAGCAGUAAGAGACUCAGGCCAGAGUCGAAGCACAGUGGAGUCCAGUGCACAGGUUCGAAUUGCGACGGCUAUAUUCCCCACUCUGAGCUUACUGAACCACUCCUGCUCCCCCAACACCAGCGCCACCUUCAGGGCAAACACCGUCACUGUCCGAGCUUCCCAGCCAAUCGGAGCCGGCCAGGAGCUGCUGCACUGCUACGGGCCACAUCGAAGCCGAAUGCCUGUGUGUGAGAGACAGCGCCUCCUAGAGGAGCAGUACUUCUUCCUGUGUCAGUGUGCUGCCUGCUAUGAGGAGCAGGGGUCAGGGGGCAAAGGUCAGCCGGCAGAGCUGGACGGGGUCCGCUGCACUCGUUGUGGGUCACCUGUGCAGUCCGUACAGGGGAGCCAGGAGCAAUACUGCUGCUCCCUGGGGUCCUGUGGGCUCGCCCUGUCCCGACUAGAGCUCUCCCGAAAACUGCUGGGAAUCCAGGAAGAGAUCCAAAAAGCUGUGGAGCUGAUUGAGAGAGACCGGCCGGACCGAGCAGUGAAGGGGUUGCGGGCGUGCGAGGGGCGAGUGAAAGGCUUCCUGUCCCAGACGCACCCAGUGCAGGGUGAGAUCGCUGACUCUCUGGCACGUGCCUACGCUGUCAUGGGGCAGUGGGAGCAGGCUGCAGCCCAGUUGAGCCACAGUGUGGAGGUGGUUCGCUCCCAGUAUGGGGAUGACAGUGUUGAACUGGGGCACCAGCUCUUCAAACUGGCCCAGCUGCACUUCAACGGGCGUUCGGUCCCCCAGGCUCUGUCUGUAAUCCCUGAAGCUCAGCGGAUCCUGACCCUCCACUGCGGCCCUGGGUUCGAGCUGGUACAGGAACUUCAGGAGAUGGAGCUGUGUCUCCGGGGGGUACUGCAAUCUCAGCGCACCGCCUGACCAAACCAGGGGACUUCCUGCCAGCACCACCAGGAAGAGGCACACGGUGGGAAACUGGGCAGACACUACAGUCUUUAAAGAAGGCCUUGUGUUGACUGAAGAAAAUCUGGACUGCACUGUGAACUAACAGCACCACAUGCAGAUAUCGCAUUCAUCCCUAUUUCAAAAGCAUUGGAGGAAGAUCUGUGUUUCCUUUCUUAUUCCUUGUGACUGAGCCAGUAAUGUGUUCACCAUUGAAAGGGAGAAUGAUUUUUGUAAGUGGCUUUUUCAGGGUUCCAGAAAUGUCACAAGGACUGCCAGAAAGUGGGAAGCGAAGUGCAGCUGGUCACCCUGCGGCACGUGGCUUCAAGUGGAUGCAAGGAAUCCUUCAGUAAAAAAUGCCACGUCGAAAAAACGUGGUAUUACUGACAUCCGCUAGAGAGAGAUUGUUGCAGGGGGUUAGGUUACAAUGCAAUGGUAGGAAGCAAGGAACCAGCCAACCACACACACACACACUGACACGCAUGCACACACUGAGACACGCACACACACAGACACAUUGUAACAAAGGACCCUGCGUCUUUAUUAGGAACUCUGUUACAAAAAUGCCAGUUAACAAGAACACAGCAGCCAAUCCUUGUUUCAUUUUAGUUUAGAAGAACUUCCAGCAGGUUUAAUACUGUUUAAUAAUAAUUUGAGGAAAAAAUAAAAACAGGAUAGCCCAAAUAA